AAUGAAUUAAAUUUAGAUUUAAAAUGAUUGAAGUUAACAAUAAGACCAUUAUAAAUAUCUUAGGUUGGAUUUUUAUUAAAAUUUUCCAAACAUAUAUUUAUGCUAUGCCCUAGCUGUUGAACUUUCUUUUUUUUUUUUGUUUUCUUUCUUUUUUCUCCUUUUCUUUUUUUCUCGUUUUGGAAGAAUCAUUCCGUCGAACACCUCGCGACCCACAUAGAAUGCUUGAUGAUUGUUGUUGGGGGUUUGGUAUGUUCAUCCACAUUGCAAUCUCUGCCAUCAACAAGGCACACAACUCAUGUCCUCGAUUUUUAUAUAAUCUCCAUUGCCAUUUCUCACAUCAAAGAUGCCCAAGCCAACAUGCUUUGUUCCUGCAAUGAAUAUAUAUGCUUACAUCUUCAAUAACUCCUCUAGCCCUAGUUAACAACAGCAUUUUAUCCAAGACCAACACAUCUGCAUCUUCUCCUUCAGCUGCAACAGGAAGUGCUUUUGAAAUACAUACCAUUAACUCAUGGUAUUUUAGUUCAGAACUACAAAUUGAUAAAAGUAUAACAAGUCAAACAGUUCCAGGAGCAGCUGAUCCUUCCACUCCUGACCACAGUGGACCAAACAAGGCAGUAACAGAUGGUACUCACCACAGGAGAUUUAGAGGACUAGUAGCGGGAUUGGUUGCAAGUGCAUGUGUUUUGGUUGGUGGGUUGGGUUUGCUUUUGUUUGGCAUAAGGAGGAAGAUGAAUAGAGCGGAAAAGAACGAUGACCAUGUUCUUAAUGUUUCAUAUGAAUUUGGAAACGGAAUGGGGCCUAGAAAGUUUUCAUUCAAAGAGUUGGCAAUUGCAACAAAGAACUUCAUGGAGGAAGAGAAGCUUGGAGAGGGAGGGUUUGGUGCAGUUUAUAAAGGUUUCUUGAGGGAAUUGAACUCCUAUGUUGCUGUCAAGAGGGUGUCAAGAGGGUCUAAACAGGGGAUAAAGGAGUAUGCAUCAGAAGUGAAGAUCAUUAGCCGAUUGAGGCACAGGAAUUUGGUGCAACUCAUUGGUUGGUGCCAUGAAAAAAGAGAACUCCUACUUGUUUAUGAGUUCAUGCCCAAUGGUAGCUUGGAUUCCCAUCUUUUCAAAGAAAAUUGCUUGCUGACAUGGGUGAAGAGGUACAAUGUUGCUCGAGGCUUGGCCUCUGCAUUAUUGUAUCUGCAUGAAGGAUGGGAACAAUGUGUACUGCAUAGGGAUAUUAAAUCAAGUAACAUUAUGUUGGAUUCAAGUUUCAAUUCCAAACUUGGGGAUUUUGGUUUAGCCAGGCUUGUUGACCAUGAAAAGGGGUCACAAACCACAGUUUUGGCAGGCACCAUUGGCUACAUGGCUCCUGAAUGUCUCAUGACAGGAAAUGCAAGCAAGGAAUCAGACGUCUACAGUUUUGGGAUUGUCGCUUUAGAGAUAGCCUGUGGAAGGAAACCCAUCAACAACAUGGCCAACAAAGAUCAAGUAAGAAUGGUGGAUUGGGUUUGGAAGCUAUAUGGAUCUGGAAAGAUUCUUGAAGCUGCUGACCCUAGACUUGAUGCAGAUUUUGAUGAGGAACAGAUGCAAUGCUUGAUUACAGUUGGCCUUUGGUGUGCUCACCCCGAUUGCAAUCAUCGGCCUUCAAUAAAGCAAGCAAUUCAACUGCUUGAUUUUGAAGCUCCUUUGCCAAAUCUCCCAUUGAAGAUGCCUGUGCUAACUUGUUUAGAUCCUCCAGUAAAUAUGUCUGCAUUUUCACUUGCAUCAACCAGUGGUAUUACUGAUUUCGAGACACGCCAGACUCAUCCCUUGAGCUCUGGUGACAGCACUGACUCCUCCAAGCUCACCAUUUCCUCUCCAGCUUCAUCAACAGCAGCAUUGCUUCUAUAUACACAGUAAGUUGGUUCAGAGAAUACGAUUGCAAUACUGUAUUUAGGUGUAUGAUUGUUCAUUUUUGUUUAUCCAGCUACUGAGUAGUUCACUGUUUAUUUUUCUUAUGGGUAGCCUAAUGUAGAUUUA